AUGGCACAUGCCCGGCUUUCUCUCCCCCGUAAUUUUCACCGCGUUUCCCUCGCUUGCUAUUAUCCCCCUUCGUCCCGCCCCACCGUCGCGACACGAACCUUUGCGUCCAGGCGAGCCGCCGCCAUCUCGACUCCCUCGGGCCUAGAUUCGGACCACCACCUGACGGCGGCUAGGGAAUGGGUCGCUAGGCUCAAUUCAAAGGCUAUCACCAUCCCGCGUGACAUCUGCGAGAUUUCCUUUAGUCGUUCUAGUGGCCCUGGAGGUCAAAACGUGAACAAGGUGAACUCGAAAGCCACAUUACGAGUCCCCCUCAAAUCAUUACUGCCUUUCGUCCCCCAACUUCUACAUGCCCCGCUGCAAGCGUCUCGAUACGUCGCAGCGAAAUCCCAGUUUCUGGUCAUUCAAUCGGAUGAGUCGCGCAGACAGACCGCCAACGUGGAGGCUUGCUACGAUAAGCUCCACCAGCUCCUCAAGAGCAUAGCAGAGGACACGAUUCCCGGAGAGACUUCGCAAGAACAACGUGACAAGGUACAAAAACUAAAGAAAGCUGCAAACGAAGCCCGCAUCAAGUCGAAGAAAAUGCACAGCAGCAAAAAGAGCAGCCGCCGGGGUAGUUACGACGACUAACAAACAUGCUAACUUUUCAUCACCUAAUAACCAAGAGGACCUUUCCCUCAUUCUCAUUGCCCAUUAAGCUUGCGACGGAAAAAGCCCGAUAAACGCCGAUGAAUGAUUUAAAUGAAAUGUAAGCUCUAUGCUUCCUGUACAAUGCGUUCCGCGUUACGGAUAGUCGCAGAAAUCGCCUUUUGGAGAGACGCAUCCACGCCUUCUGUCUUCUCAAGGGGCUGUAGCCAGCUGAUGAUCUCCUUGGCGACGUUGGGGUUAUUCCGGUACUCCUUGAUACGGGCAAAUGAUGCGCUAAACGCACGUGGGAAUUCGGGCGAAGUGACCUGGAGUCCGGCGGUGGGGAAUUUGAUGUAGCAGAUUUGCGUAUGGGGGCUGUUGGGCUUGCUCUGCUGCAUCACGUCGACCACAUGGCCGAGAAUCUUGUGCAGACAGGGCAGGUCGUCGAACUCGACUGCCAUAUCGU